AGGAGUCUUUCUUAUUCCCUACAUGCUCAUGCUGGCACUUAUUGGAAUGCCGAUGUUUUUUCUGGACACGUCUUUUGGGCAGUUUGCCAGCCUUGGACCUGUUACAAUAUGGAGAGUCGUGCCAAUGCUUCAAGUUUGCAGAGCUGAAAUGAUCUUGUUGGUUCACUGUUCACAGUCGAAGAUCUAUUAGAUUUUUACAAAAGCAGAAUUAUGUAAAAGAGGAAUGGCAAGCCAUUUUGUACUAAUUAAUAUAAAUAAAACACUGCAGAUGUGAGAAAUCUAAAUUAAAAACAGAAAAAUCUGCAAAUAUUCAACAGGUUUAGCCACAUCAUACCCACAUCUAUGGGAAGAGAAACACAGCUAACUUCUCAGGUCAAAGAGAUCCUUUUUAGAAACAGGAAGAAGCUGUUAACCAUAUAACCAUAUAACAAUUACAGCACAGAAACAAGACAUCUCGGCCCUUCUAGUCUGUGCCGAACACUUACUCUCACCUAGUCCCACUGACCUGCACUCAGCCCAUGACCCUCCAUUCCUUUCCUGUCCAUAUAGCUAUCCAAUUUAACUUUAAAUGACAAUAUUGAACCUCCUUCAACCACGUCUGCUGGAAGCUCGUUCCACACAGCUACCACUCUCUGAGUAAAGAAGUUCCCCCUCAUGUUACCCCUAAACUUUUGCCCUUUAACUCUCAACUCAUGUCCUCUUGUUUGAAUCUCCCCUACUCUCAAUGGAAAAAGCCUAUCCAUGUCAACUCUAUCUAUCCCCUUAUAAUUUUAAAUACCUCUAUCAAGUCCCCCCUAAUCUUCUAUGCUCCAAAGAAUAAAGACCCAAGUUGUUCAACCUUUCUCUGUAACUUAGGUGAUGAAACCCAGGUAACAUUCUAGUAAAUCUUCUCUGUACUCUCUCUCUUUUACUGACAUCUUUCCUAUAAUUCGGUGACCAGAACUGUACACAAUACUCCAAAUUUGGCCUUACCAAUGCCUUGUACAAUUUUAACAUUACAUCCCAACUCCUAUACUCAUUGCUCUGACUUAUAAAGGCCAGCAUACCAAAAGCUUUCUUCACCACCCUAUCCACAUGAGAUUCCACCUUCUUAAACUCCAUCUGCCAUCUUUCAGCCCACUCUUCUAACUGGCCUAAAUCUCUCUGCAAGCUUUGAAAACCUACUUCAUUAUCCACAACUCCACCUAUCUUAGUAUCAUCUGCAUACUUACUAAUCCAAUUUACCACCCCAUCAUACAGAUCACUAAUGUAUAUGACAAACAACAUUGGACCCAGUAGAGAUCCCUGAGGCACACCACUAGUCACCGGCCUCCAAUUUGACAAACAUUUAUCCACCGCUACUCUCUGGUGUCUCCCAUCCAGCCACUGCUGAAUUCAUUUUACUACUUCAAUAUUAGUACCUAUCGAUUGAACCUUCCUAAUCAACCUUCCGUGUGGAACCUUGUCAAAGGCCUUACUGAAGUCCAUGUAGACAACAUCCACUGCUUUACCCUCGUCAACUUUCCUAGUAACCUCUUCAAAAAAUUCAAUAAGAUUUGUCAAACACGACUUUCCACGCACAAAUCCAUGUUGACUGUUCCUAAUCAGACCCUGCCUAUCCAGAUAAUUAUAUAUACCAUCUCUAAGCAUACUUUCCAUCAAUUUCCCCACCACUGACGUCAAGCUCACAGGCCGGUAACUGCUAUGUUUACUCUUAGAACUCUUUUUAAACAAUGGAACAACAUGAGCAAUAUGCCAUCCCCGUUUCUAAUGACAUUUGAAAUAUUUCUGUCAGAGCCCUUGCUAUUUCCACACUAACUUCCCUCAAGUUCCUAGGGAAUAUCCUGUCAGGACCCGGAGACUUAUCCACUUUUAUAUUCCUUAAAAGCGCCAGUACCUGCUCUUCUUUAAUCAUCAUAAUUUCCAUAACUUCCCUAUCUGUUUCUCUUGUCUUACACAAUUCAAUAUCCUUCUCCUUAGUGAAUACCGAAGAAAAUAAAUUGUUCAAAAUCUCCCCCAUCUCUUUUGGGACCACACAUAGUUGUCUACUCCGAUUCUUGAAGGGACCAAUUUUAUCCCUCACUAUCCUUUUGCUAUUAAUAUAAUGGUAGAAACCCUUGGGAUUUAUUUUCACCUUACUUGCCAAAGCAAUCUCAUAUCUUCUUUUAGCUUUUCUAAUUUCUUUCUUAAGAUUCUUUUUACAUUCUUUAUAUUCCUCAAGCACCUCAAUUACUCCACGCGGCCUAUAUUAAUUGUCGAUAUCUCUCUUUUUCUGAACCAAGUUUCCAAUAACCCUUGAAAACCAUGGCUCUCUCAAACUUUUAACCUUUCCUUUCAACCUGACAGGAACUUAAAGAUUCUGUACCCUCAAAAUUUCACCUUUUAAUUACCUCCAUUUCUCUAUUACAUCCUUCCUAUAAAACAAAUUGUUCCAAUCUACUCCUUCUAAAUCCUUUCGCAUCUCCUCAAAGUUAGCCUUUCUCCAAUCAAAAAUCUCAACCCUGGGUCCAGACCUAUCCUUUUCCAUAAUUAUGUUGAAACUAAUGGCAUUGUGAUCACUGGACCCGAAGUGCUCUCCAGCACAAACCUCCGUCACCUGCCCUAUCUCAUUCCCUAACAGGAGAUCCAACACUGCCCCUUCUCUAGUUGGUACCUCUAUGCAUUGCUGCAAAAAAUUAUCCUGCACACAUUUUACAAACUCCAAACCAUCCAGCCCUUUUACAGUAUGGGUUUCCCAGUCUAUGUGUGGAAAAUUAAAAUCUCCCACAAUCACAACCUUGUGCUUACCACAGAUAUCUGCUGCAGGGAAAGUGAUAGGUUAAAACUUUGGUCAUCAUGAGAUAAACUGUGAACAAGGACAUCUUGUCAAAGAGUGAAUGGGAACAGUUAGAAGGCAUUGGGAUCACAAUGGUUCUUGUAAUUUCAUUUAUUGACAUUUCCUAUUGCUGCAUCAUUGCCUACAGCCUGUUCUACCUGUUUGCCUCCUUCCAAUCCCCUCUGCCGUGGGCAGACUGCUUCAGCUGGUGGGGAGCAGAUGAAACCUGCAGCAGGACACCCAGAGGUUCGCUGUGCAAUCUCACUCUAGACAAUGGACAUUUUGAAAUUGUUAGUACAACAUGGCUGCAUGCAAGCAACGAGACUUGCUCAAAUGGAUCAGAAAUCUAUGUUCCUCACCAGGGGCCUAGUGAACAAUACUGGAACAAAGUAGUUUUACGCCGUUCACGUUCAAUAGAAGACACGGGGAAGAUAGUUUGGUAUUUAGCCUUGUGUCUGCUUCUGGGUUGGGUGAUUAUUGGAGCUGCUUUGUGUAAAGGCAUCAAAUCUUCAGGGAAGGCGGUUUACUUCACUGCAUCCUUCCCUUACGUGGUUCUCAUCGUGCUUCUUAUCCGAGGCGUAACCCUUGAAGGAGCUCAAAAAGGGAUUGACUUCUAUAUUGGAAGCCAGUCAGACUUCACCAAACUGCUUAAUGCUGAGGUCUGGAAAGAUGCUGCAACUCAGAUUUUCUUUUCUCUCUCAGUGGGCGCUGGCAGCUUAAUAACACUGUCAUCCUAUAACAAAUUCCACAAUAAUUGCUACAGAGACACCAUCAUUGUUUGUGUUGUGAAUUCUGCCACAAGUAUACUUGCUGGCUUUGCCAUCUUUUCCAUUCUUGGACACAUGGCUCAUGUGCAAGACAAGUCUAUUUCAGAGGUUGCUGAAUCAGGUUUCGGUUUGGCUUUCAUUGCCUAUCCAGAGGCUUUAACACACCUUUCUUGGGCACCUCUGUGGUCCAUCUUGUUUUUCUUGAUGUUGCUCACUCUGGGACUGGACACUCAAUUUGCAGGUUUAGAAACAGUUGUAACAACCUUACUUGAGCAGUUCCCAAAGUUUAUGCAAUCAAAGCAUCAUAAGGUGACAAGUGGAAUUUGCCUGGUGUUUUAUUUCCUCGGCCUUAUAUUUGUAACAGAGGCUGGAGUUUACUGGUUAAAUUUAAUUGACUAUUUCUGUACUGGAUGGAUUCUUGUUACAGUCGCCCUGAUGGAACUCAUUGCACUCAGCUGGAUUUAUGGGAUAAACAGGUUUAUUAACGACAUUGAGACAAUGAUUGGGAGGAAAACUUGGCUCUUCUGGCUGUGGUGGAGAAUGUGUUGGCUUUUCAUUUCUCCAGGUUUGCUGGCUGCCAUCUUACUCUGGUCGUUAGCAACAUUUUCCAGACCUACAUACAGAUCUGUUGAGUACCCACAAUGGGCAAUAGUCCUUGGUUGGUGCAUACUAAUUUUCUGUAUUAUGUGGAUCCCCAUUAUUGCCAUCAUUAGAGUUAUUCAAGCCGAGGGCUCCAGUUUUUGCCAGAAAGUUUCUGCUGCUUGCAGAUCAGCUCCUGACUGGGGUCCGUACUUGGAACAGCACAGAGAGGAAAUGAUACAGAACCAGAGCUGAUCUUACCAAAACCACCAUCUAAGUACAAAUUCUUACCUCUACUGACAUAUCUGCUGUUCAGAAAAGAUGUGUAGAUCAUGGCCAUAAAGAUCUAUAGCUGUUCUGAUAUCUCACUGUAAUUUCAAUCCUUUCAGUAAUUAAUUAAUUCCAUUAAUUUGAGUUAUUCCAAAGUUAGUUGAAACAGCUUGCAGCUCACUGGAACAUACAUAGUCAUCUGAGUACAGGGGUAAUUACAGAAUUAGAUUCACCAUGACACUAUUUUUACCCCAUAUAACUCUUGGGGUUAAUAAGUGGAUCCCAUCAAUUGCUGGGUUUUCUUGAAUUAGACACAGAGUAUGGUAAAGUUGAAAGAAUCCAACAGUUUAUCAUAACACUAACAUUGAUAGCAUUACAUUUGAUGUGUCCCUUCAACUCAUCUGAGACAAUUCUACUUUCUGUUCUUCAGGACCAGUGUCAUUUCUUAGUACUGUUGUUGUAUCAUUGAUUAUUAUUGGGACAGCUUCCAUUUCCCCAUAGAUCACUACAACAAAAAAAAAAGGCCCUUCCCCGCAUCUGGCCUAGUUCCGUAAGCCUGCACAUGGACAACAGCCCUCCAUACCCUUCCCAUCCAUGUAUUUACCCAAAUUUCUCUUAAAAGUUGAAAUCAAACCUGCAUCCACCAUCCCAUGGCAGCCAAUUCCAAACUCUCAUUACACUCAGUGAAGAUGUUGCCCUUCAGUUCCUCAUAAAUAUUUCAUCUUUAACCUUAAACUAUGACCUGUAGUUCUAAUUUCAUCCAUCCCAGUGGAAAAAGCUUGCUUGCAUUUACCCUAUGUAUAUCCCUCAGAAUUUUGUAUAUCUCUACCAAUUCUCCCCUCAUUCUUUUACACUCCCAGGAAGCCAUCCUUCUAAAUUUUACUGUGCUCUUUCAAUCUGUCAUGCUUCGGUCUGAUCACCAGGGGACACCAGAGUCCUCCAGGCACCGAAGCUCCUCCUUGCUGGAAUUUUUGGUUGAUUAUUUUCAUCCGUGUCUUGAUUUAGAAAUCAGACUGGGCCCAUUUAGGUCCAUCAAAGUUAUUGCAUUGAAAGUCAUGUGCAUACCAUCUGCAUUCAGGAUCUGAAAAGGACGAGUCAGCUUGGCUUUGUGUGUGCAAGGUCCUGCUUGAUGAACCUAUUUGGACUUCAGCAUGGCCUUUGGCUGGUGCAGAAGGGUAGGUCUCAAGGAACUUUUGAAGAGAUAGUUAAAUGGAUUCAAAAUUGACUUGGAGGUAGGAAGUAGAGGCUGGUGUCUGAAGGUUGUUUCUUCCAGUGGAGACUGGUGACUGGUGGCUGGUGGCGUGUGGCAGCUGUCAGUGUUGGAACUCCUCUUGUUCAUUAUUUACAUGAAUGAUUUGGAUGCAAAUGCACAAAUCUUGAUCAGUAAGUUUAUGGAUGAAAUGAAAUUGGAAAUUUAUGUUUAUAGUGAAGAAGGUUAUUGUAAAUUACAAGGAUAUCUUGAUCAGUUAGGGAAGUGGGCUGAGGAGUGGUAAAUGGAUUUCAAUACAGAUAAAUGUGAGGUAUCGUUCUGAAAACUCAAACCAGUGUAGGACUUAUACUGUGAAUUGCAGGGCACUGGGGAGUGUAAUGGAACAGAGGGACUGAGGAGUACAAGUGCAUAGCUGGUUGAAAGCAGCAUCACAGAUGGACAGGGUUUCGAAAAAGGACAUUUAGCAUGCUGGCCUUCAUCAGCCAGGGCACUGAAUAUAGAAGUCAGGAUGUUACUUUGCAGCUAUGUAGGUUGUUAGUAAGAUUACACUUGUAAUACAUUAUACAUUUUUGGGCACCCUGCUACCUGAAAGACAGACUUGCAAGGUCUAGGUGAUUACCAAGGGAACAAUCACAGAACAGUGCAAAUUAAAGUAACUACAAAUCAUAAUGGACCAAUGAAAGAUGACUGUACAACUAUUUUGACAAUAAGAAUAUGAAGCUGCAUUGUAUCUUGUUCCCUAGCUUUGCCAACUUUCUCUACAGAAACCUUUUCUCUGUUUUGCUCAUUUCAUUGGUUCCUAUGUGGACUACAGCAAAUGGAUUUAUGACCCCAAUACCAGAAAAGAACAACAACACCUUGACCUUCAGGCUGACGAGAGUUUGGAAAUACAGUGUUUGUGUCUGCUGGGUCCAUGUUUGGCAAGAGUGUUCUGUCACAAUGGGGGGCAUUGGGAGCAAGAAUGGACCCAAAUGUAAGACACAUCUUGUGAGGUUAACUCAAUUGAGUUUAUUGCUCGAUGCAAGGAGAGCAAAGCAGAAGCAGGAAUAGAGUACAGGUCAAGGACUCAGGCCUUGGACUAGGCUGGGACUAAGGGUCUGGGCUAGGACUUGGAAUCACGGACCGCCAGGGCCAGGACUUGAGACUUGGGUGCUGCCAGGGACAGGACUUGAGACUUGGGUGCUGCCAGGGGCAGGACUUGGUACCUGACCUCAGACCUCAGACUUGGAUGCCGCCAGGGCCAGGACUUGGUACUUGGAUGUCGCCGGAGCCAGGACUUGGUACUUGGAUGUCGCCCGAGCCAGGACUUGGUACUUGGAUGUCGCCAGAGCCAGGACUUGGUACUUGGAUGCCGCCCGAGCCAGGACUUGGUACUUGGAUGUUGCCAGAGCCAGGACUUGGUACUUGGAUGCCGCCCGAGCCAGGACUUGGUACUUGGAGCCUCUGGAGCCAGGACUUGGUACUUGGAGCCUCCGGGUAGUGGCAAGCUCUAGACUUGGCCCAGGAACAGUAGACAGCAGCACUUGAUUCCCUCCGGCGGGUUAACUGACGGACCCGCCUCGGCGAGGUAACUUGACAGGGUUGCUCUGGUGAGGAAAGACGACUUACUGGCACUCGCUUUGGGGGGAGACUAGGCUUGCUCCGGCCAGAUGACAUUGGCUCGCAGUACCUUUGGUGACUUUGCAAACGCUCUCGCGUCGAAUGGCUGAAGGCUGGAGACUAUAAACUGCUGGUUCAGCCGAGAGUAAAUUGUCUCCAAUCACCAAGCCCAAGGGCCACAGGAAAACAGGGAGCCAAGUGGAAACAGGGAGUCUAUGAUCUGGAUCGUAACGCAAACAAAGUAAAUUUAAAGGGACCCUGAUCUGGACCAUGACACCACCAUUGCACUUCCUCAUCGAAUUCAUUUAUAAAAACCACAAAGAGCAGAGGUCCCAGAACAGAUCUCUGUGGAACACCACUGGUCAUGGACCUCAAGACAGAAUAUGCUCCAUCUACUGCCACCCUUUGCCUUCUGUGGGCAAACCAAUUCUGAAUCCACAUAGCCAAGUUUCACUGGAUCCCAUGCUUCCUGAUUUUCUAAAUGAGCUUACCAUGGGGAACUUUAUCAAAAUCGUACUAAAAUCCAUAUACACCACAUCCAUUGCUCUACCUUCACCACAGUGAUUCUAGUUUAUCAUUGCUUAUAUAGACCACAGAAUUGGAUCACCCUACCCUCCUCCCAAAAAAGAAUCCAACUUUCACAGUCAUGGAAAAGUAUCUUUAAGCUGGAGUUUAUUGUUUUUCUUUCUUUAUAUUUGCUCAGUUAGAACAGUAGAGAUGCCAGGUGGGAGAACUGUAUGCUCCUCUUGCAGGAUGUGAGAAGGCAGGGAGACCUCCAGUGUCCCUGUCGAAUUGACCUGCAAGAAGUGUAUCCAGCUGCAGUUUCUAACACUCCAGAUUUAGGAGUUGGAGCUGGAGCUGGAUGAACUCUGGAUCAUUCAGGAGGCUGAGGGAGUGACAGAUGAGACAUUGAGAGAGGUAGAUACACCCAAGGUGUAGGACACAGGAAACUGGGUGAUAUCCAGGAAGGGGAAAGGGAUUAAACAGCCAGUGCUGAGUACCACUAUGGCCAUCCCUCUGAACAACAGGGAUACUCUGGGAGGAUGACCUAGCAGAGGAAAAUCACAGUGGUCAGGUCUCUGGCACUGAGUCUGACUCUGUGACUCAGACAGGAUGAGGGGGAGAAGAGGUGAACUGUGGUGAUAGGGAAUUCAUUAGUUUGGGGAACAGAAAGGAGAUUCUGUGGAUGAGAACGAGAUUCUCGGAUGGUAUUUUGCCUUCCGGGUGCCAGAGUCUGAGACAUCUCAGAUCGAGUUAUCAGCAAUCAUAAGUGGGAGGGUGCACAGCCAGAGGCUGUGGUCUGUGUAGGUACCAGUGACAUAAGUAGGAAGAGUGAUGAGGUCCUGCAAAGUGUGUUCAGGGAAUUAAGUGUUCAUUUAAAGGGCAGAACCUCCAGAGUUGUGAUCUCAGGAUUGCUACCCAUGCCAUGUGCUGGUGAGGCUGCAACAGGAAGAUUAUAGUGUUUAACACGUGGCCAAGGAGUUGGUGUAGGAGAGAUGGUGUCAUAUUUUUGGAUCAUUAGGCUCUCCUUCAGGGAAUGUGAGGUUUAAACUAGAAUUGCAGGGGGAUGGGAACUAGAAUGCCUGAACUGUUAGUGGAGAGGUUGUGGAGGGAGCUGUUGUUAAGAUCUCAGGCAAAGUCAGGAAUAAAAAAGAUCGAGCAUAGUGCAGCUAAUGUCCUGAGCUGCAUACAUUUCAAUGCAACAAAUUUCAUAGGAAAGACAGUAGAGCUCAGGGCAUGGAUCAACACAUGGAAUUAUGAUGUUGUAGACUUGGUUACAGGAGGGCCAAGACUUACAGUUCAAUAUUCUGGGGUUUCAUUGUUUUAGAUGUGACAGAGCAGAAGUGAUUAAAGGAGGAGGGUAGUGUUGCUAGUCAGGGAAAAUGUCACGGCAGUGCUCGGUCAGGACAGACUGGAGAAUAUGUCUAGUGAGGCAUUAUGGGUGGAACUGAGAAAUAAAGAAAGGUAUGACCAUGUUAAUGGGACUGUAUUACAGUUUACUCAGCAAUCUGAGCAAUUUAGAGGAACAGGUUUGUAGAGAGAUAGCAGACUGUUGUGAGAAACAUAAGGUUGUUAUAGUAAACUGGAAAAACCUGCAGAAGCUGUUAAUCCAGAGCAAUACAAACAGCUGUGUACAUACAUCUAUUGAUGCUUCUGGACCCAUCUUCAGUGAUGUUCCUGGAAUCACCGGGUGUUUCGGGUCUUUCAACAUCAUACAACCUCCUCCAGGUGACCCAGCCGGGGCAGAUCAGACCCCAGCUUGUGUCCAGAUGCCUAGCUACUUAUGACUCCAUGGCUCCCCUCUUUUGAGCCACAGCCAUCUUGAGGCCCUCUCUGCCACAUCGGUGGUACUGUGGAUGGCUCUCCUCUUCCUCUCUCCCUCGAUGCCCAAAAUGCUGAAGGCUCUAACUAAAGAACGGGCUACGGAUCCCCUACAACCAACCUCCACUGGGAGACACCUCGCCUUGCAGCUUCCUAUCAACCCCUCCCUUCGCUGUUGCCUCCAGAAUUUGGUUAACAUCUUCAUCAAACUGCUUCCGCGGUGAAGUCAUGGUAGCUGCAGGCCAUUUGAUCUGCCUCCUGUUAGACUUCAUGUUAGAGGGAUUAGUUUGCAACACUUGGAGGUUCCGGGCACUAUGGGGUGACUCCGGGCCUGGCCCCUCCUUCGUCUCACCAGGUUGGACACCUGCGCGUUGUGCUGCUCCUGCUCCCGCCAAACACUUCAUCCUCGCUUGGUGGAUCUUCAAGCCGCGAUCGUUCUUGCAGAUUUUGCCACAUGCACACUGCUUUCUCAUCGUCGUUUGUUCAUUGCCUGGGUCUGAUGUCGUUGUGUCCAUCCGACUGGGGUGCUCAUCCUACCCCUCUCUUGGGCACCCUGGGGGUAUCUUUCCCUUAGAUUCAUUGUAGCUUUUGUGGGGGUCCUUUUGUGGAGGACACAGAUUGGGUUGCCCGCCCAUUCUGCCCUGGUUGCCGUGUCUCCGGGCUGUCACUGACUCUCCAGUCGUCACCACUCUUUUCGCGGUUGUCACCCAGUCUUUCAUGGUUGUCACUGAUGAACUCAGAGUGUAAGCUGUGUACAUACAUCUAUUGAUGCUUCUGGACUCAUCUUCAGUGAUGUUCCUGGAAUCAUCGGGUGUUUCAGGUCUUUCAACAUCAUACAACCUCCUCCAGGUGACCCAGCCGGGGCUGAUCAGACCCCAGCUGUGUCCAGAUGGCUAGCUAAAUGCAGGAGGAACUCAGCAGGCCAGGCAGCAUCCAUGGAAAAAAGUAAACAGAUAACGUUUCGGGUCAAAACCCUUCAUCGGGAAUGGAAAGGAAGAAGUCAGGAUAAGAAUGUGGAGGGAGGGGAGGAAGAAGUACAAGGUGGCAGGUGAUAAGUGAAACAUGGAGAGGCGGAGGGAAUGAAGAAAAAAGCUGGUGAGUUGAUUGGUGAACGAGAUAAAGGGCCGGAGAAGGGGGGAAUCUUACAGGAAAGGACAGAAGGCCAUGGAAGAAAGGGAGGGGAGAAGGGCAUCAGAGGGAAGUGAUGGGUUGGUAAGGAGAUAUGGUGAGAGAGGGCAACAGGAAUGGGGUAUGUUGAAGGAGAGGAGGAACGGGGACAAUGACCAGAAAUUUGAGAAAUUGAUGUUAAUGCUAGCAGAUUGGAGGCUACCCAGAUGGAAUACAAGGCGUUGCUCCUCCAACCUGCGUGUGGAUUAGUACCAAGAGGGAGAUCAAUGGGAAGGGACAAGUAGACAAGGGAGUCUGAGGGAAUGAUCCCUACAGAAAGUAGAAAGUGGUGAGGGGGAGUGAAAGAUGUGCAUGGUGGUGGGAUCUAUGGAUAAUUAUGUGCUGGAUGCAGAGGUUAUUGGGGCCUGGUGUGACAGCAGGUGGAUGGGGGUGAGGCCAGAUGUGUGUGAAAUGGAAGAGACGCAGGUGAGGGCAGCAUUGAUGGUAGAGGAAGGGAAGUCUCUUUCUUUGAAGAUGGAGGACAUCUCAGUUGUUCUUGUCUUUACAGUAGGUGAUUUUAACUUUCCACAUACUGACUGGGACUCCCAUACUGUAAAAGGACUAGAUAGGACAGAGUUUGCCAAAUGUGUUCAGGAGAGUUUCCAUAAUGAGUACGUAGAAUACCUAGUGAGAGAUUGUGUGGCAUUCAAGAAUGAGGUGGGGCUGGUGACGAAAGCUUGUGCCAUUAGUUUCAAAGUAAAUAUGCAAAAAAUGGGUCUGGUCCAUGGCUUGAUGUUUUAAAUUGGAGAAAGGCCAAUUCUGAUGGUAUCAGAAACGAUCUGGCAAGUGUGGAUUGGGCCAGGCUGGUUUCUUGCAAAGAUGUACUUAGUAAGAGGGAGUCCUUCAAAAAUGAAAUUUUGAGAGUAAUAAGCCUUGUAUGUCAAGUCAGAAUAAAAGAUGAAUAUAACAGGUUUAGUGAACCUUGGUUUUCAAGAGAUAUUGAGGCCCUAGUUAAGAAAAAAAAGAGAUGUAUAGGCAGGUAGGAACAAAUGAGGUGUUUAUGGAUAUAAAGAUGCUGACAAAAAGAUUUCUUGUGUCAAGUAUUGCUCUCACAAGUACACAUAAAAGAAGACAGCUCAAGCUGGGUCCAAGUUCUACGAGUUCACCUGUGGUUUGAGUCCCACAAAGAAAAAACAAGAAAAGAAGGAUAUAACAAGAAGAAUUGGAGAGGACAAGAGCAUUUUUUUCCCUUUUCUGUGUGUUACGUACCCCGUAACUGGGUUGCCAAACCAGCAGAAAUGGAUCACUCAGUUGGAGUCUGGAGUACUAGAACUAAGAAAGUUUUAUUAAAGAAACAAGCAACACAGUAAUCGAAAGGAUAAUAAAUGCAACAAUUCAACAAUGAUAACCACACAUGUGCACAGAAUUAAGAUAACAGCAUCAAUCAAGCUCUAUCGUUGUCUAGGGGUAAAUGACCAAUUUCAAAAUGACUCAAAGUUCAGUCCAGUUUGUAGUUCAGUUCGCAGUAAUCGUUGCCAUGGCGGUGGACAACGUGGGGGAAGAGAGAGAUAGAAUAGGAACAACUCAUCAUUCAGAACGGCUUCACUCACAGACCAGCAAGAUGGCUCACAGACCAGCGAGAUGGUUCACAAACAGCUUUUGGGCGGGUCCUUGGUGAUGUCACCUGAGGUCACCGACUGUGACCCCUCCUCCAGAUGCGGUCGAUCCUCUGCAGUGAACCCGGCACCCAGGCAAGGGCGGACACACACCGGGUUCCCGCUGAUCGUACCUUUCCACCCACUCGUGAGAAGCGUACCGCUUCCAGGGUCUCGUUACCUCGGGUGGCGUGUGUGUCUGUCUUAGCGAACCUGUCCCUUUUUAUCCCCCUGCUGGGGUAUCGCCUGUCCAUCACUUCAAACAGUUCAGGGCUCAAAGGGGGGAGCCGCUCCAGACAGCUCUUCCUCCCACAUCCCUUCAUUACACAUCUCCAGACGCUGCUCCAUUGUUCCUUAUCUCUCCUUCCCCUGAGGGCAGGUGGCAGACCAACUGCUGAUGCCACUGAUGCUAGCCCAGGCCAGCAAACAUCUUAAUUUUAUGUGUAUUCUCGUAACAUGUGUGAGUGUGAGUAAGAAACCCAAUUACAAAGUGUGAAUGCUGGAUUAAGAAUUGCCUGUCCUGGACCCUAAGACAGACAUCCCACCUUGCAAGAACUCAUUUCAGGGAGAUAGCACCCCCGCCUCCCGCAACCGCAUAUCACCCCCACCCUCGUCGACCUCCAAGGGUGUAUGUAAUACUUUGUUCAGUGAUUUUGUCUAAUCUGUAAACCAAGUUGGGUAUAUGCAGAAAAUGUGACAUUAAGAUAUGUACAUAAAUUAUAUUAUAUUAUCAUGUUUAUUCUAUUACAACUUUAAGCAAGUCUACAGGGAGUUUGGCCUCAUCAUGUAGGACAUCAAUAGAGUAGCUCCUUAGCAGUUAGCCAGCUAGUUUAAAUAACGUUAGCUACGCUAAUGAACAAACAACGCCUGUUAAAUUCACCUCAACAUAUCUUUUAUAUUUUACAUCAUGGCCAAUAGAAAAGUCACUGUUGCAAACAGUGCAGCGAGAAACACUGUCAUUAUUUUUGAGGUCGACUGUAAAGCCCGUCCACAGAGAAAACUGAUACGUCUACUUAGCAUGAAGAGAGACCAAUCAGGAUGCUCGCUCUCCCUCUUCCUCUCAAAAAAAUCAAUUUCCUGGAUAUUGUAUAUAAUUUGCGGGCAUCAGCGAGCCGCUAUCGAUAUACGGGAGACUCCCGGAACUUCCAGGAGAGGUGGGAUGUCUGGCCUAAGGGGACUAUGCUGGCAUCUUGAGAAGUGGCUGGAAUGGAAUGUUUACAGAAGUGUGGACAGAAAAAGGAAAUGUGAGAGAACUGUGGAUGGUUUGCACAUCUUCACUGGAAGGGUGAAGUGCGGAAACAUUUAGAUGAGUCCUGUAAAACAGCACUGAAAGUGAUAUAGAUUUAGAGAAGGAAAGGACACAGAGAGGGUGGGCAAAGGGCAAUUGGUCUACCUCUGUGUUCAGAAAAAUAAACUGGUAGCAGGAGCUGAGGAUGAGUGAGCUGUUGAUUUAAAUGUACCCUGAACUAAUCUAACAGAAACUUUAAUAAAAUGUUUCCAGUGCACUGUAAAUUGGCAUAAGAUACACAGUGUCUCACAGGCAAUGAUAUUAAUGAAUGCAUGCAUAGUGUUUCUGAAGUAUUCCAGAUUAAUCCUAGCGAUGGGUACACCUGUCUUAAUAAGUGUGAUUGUAAAUAGGUUGUAAAUAGAAAAGUGUACUGUUACUUGUGUGGGAUGCGAAGGGUUAAGUAGAAUUGUGAGUGUUUCGCGACAUUAUCAUUACUGAAGAAGUGUCUCAGCUCGAAACAUUGACUAUAUUCAUAUCCAUAGAUGCUGUCUGACCUGCUGAGUUCUUCCAGCGUUUCCUGCGUGUUGCCUUGUCAACCUGCUUUGUACUGUUUGCAUUUGGCUCGCGUGACCUACUUGUGACUGGUGUUAUUUCUGUUUUGAAGCAUAGUUUACAAGUUCGAUAAUGCUCUUCUUAAUAUAUGGUUUUUACAUUUCUUUGUUUUACAUCAAAAAACAUGGGGAUGUGGCAGUGCACACGUUAGAGAUACAAGAGUGGGCGUAGCUAGAAUAUUUUCAAAUUCAUUCCUGGUUCUUUUCUGAUUCAACAGCAAAAGGUAUCCGCAAGCAAAAGAGGCACUGUACUUGAAAGCUUUUCCAGUCUCUCCCCCAUCUUUUUCUCUCUCUCCAACUCUUAUCACUAAUUGCAACCCAGUGUAAGAGAACAUUCCCACUUAGACAAAGUAAUGACCCCUUUGUACACCUUUCAGGAUCUCUUCAAAAAUGUAACAUAAACUUUACCAAAGUUCUUUUUUAUCCCCUAGUGGCCAGCAUAUACCUUAUUUCUUGUGACCUUUGACCUUGGUUUGUAAUUUAGAAACACAGCUAACAAGGAAACAUUCUCCAACUGUAUCUAGUAUCAAGCAUGUCCAUCCAUGAGCUUCUCCCAGUAUGUACUCACACUAGGUUCACAAAACCUUGCUGUGUACUGAUUUCCUUUUACUUUCUCAAAACCUUCUCAUAUCCCAGACUUUUUACAGCCUUCAAGAUCUCUUCAAAAUCUAAUGGGGAGAUCCUACUGAUAGAAAAAUUGCCUUGAAGCUGAGUGUGAAAGUCCAUUUCAAGUAUUGCUAUCCAAAUACACUCAGUGGUCAGUUUAUUAGGUCCACCCUGUACUUAAUAAAGUGGCCACUGGUUGUCUGUUUGUGGUCUGCUGCUGCUGUAGCCCAUUCAUUUCAUGGUUUGACACCAUGUGCAUUCAGAGAUGCACUGCUGGAAUGCUAUGGUUAUGGCUAUCAUGGGUAAUGUAUUGUCUCUCUCAACCUCAUUUUCCUGCCUUCUCCCAGUAACCUUUGAUGCUCUUACUAAUUAAGAACCUAUCAACCUUCACUUUAAAUAUAUCAAAUGAUUUGGCCUUCACAGCUGCCUGUGGCAGUGAAUUCCACAGGCUCAUCACCCCCUGGCUAAGGAAACUCCUCCUCAUCUCUAUUCUAAAGGGACGUCCCUCUAUUCUGAGGCUGUGCCCUCUGGUCCUAGACUCCUUCUCUACAGGAAACAUCCUCUCCACAUCCACUCUAUGUAGGCCUUUCAAUAUUCUGUAUAUUUCAAUGAGAUACCUCCUCAUUCUUCUAUACUCCAGUGAGUACUGACCAAGAGUAAUCAAAUGCUCCUCAUACCUUAACCUUUUCAGUCCCAGGAUCAUUAAUUCCUAGCAUUACAUCGCUGCUAUUAUAUUCUAGUCUUCUCAACAUUAAUGUUAAUAUAGCAUUUGCCUUCCUUACCUGCAACUUAACCUUUAGGGAAUUAUGCACAAGGAUUCCCAAGUCUCUUUACACCUAUGAUAUCUGCUUUUUCCCCCUUUCAGGAAGAUUGGUACAUCCAUCUGGGAGGUUGGGAUAGCUGCAUUGUGCAGUAGACAAUGGGGGCCCUAUUACUGCUAGCUGUAAUUCAUUCUAACUUCUUGCCUGAGAUUGCUCUGUGAAGUGAUAGUGUGAAGAACCGUUGUCUUCAUUAUGAUCCAACAGUCAACCUCUCUAAAUGGGGUCAGCAAGGAAUUUCAGGGGCUCUGUGCUAUUGAAAUUCAGAAAUUAAGAUUUGUGUUGGCUUUUACAGGACAAAAUGGGGAAAUUGUUGAAGUUGCAGCAAAGCAUUGGGUUUAAAUGUUAUGCUAACAAAACAGGGAAUAGAUAUGUUGUACAGCUUCUUCUAUGUGUUGAAGUUCAGUAAGGCACAGUCAAGAUGAUAAGCUGACAGAAACAAUGCCCAGGCACCCAGGCUAAACUCUUGUUUAUACAGCCUUUCUGUUCAAGCUUGAGAACCAAGGUCACCGGGCACACCAACGCAGGAUAAAGAUGCAAAUGAAGGAUUGUUUUACUAAUUCUUGAGUUUGUUUGGUGUUUAACACAUUGAUUUAACUGGUUAUUAACACUUGAAGUAUGUAUUGUGAUUGGUACUGAAAAGAUGGGUUUCAGAAGUGCACAAUAUUUCUAUUAUCUGUUAUCUGUUAUCCAGCUAGUCAUUUUCUGUUUCAAAAUGGCAUUUCUUUGUUCAAAUUUCAGAAGAGCUUGGUAACAGGAACCAGACUGUUCUCUUUGUGCACAAUUAAAUAAAGUGUGAUUGAAGCAAGUUGUCAGAGUCUAGCCAAUCGGCAACGGCACGGUGACUAGUCACCCACUACUUUACUUUUCAUCUUUCCCACAAAGGGCCCAUGUAAUACAACACUUCAAACAUCCCAUCAUUCCUGAUGUUCUUACUCCAAACCAAACAGGUACUAAGUAUCUCCCUCCUGGUAAACAAGCUCAGAGACUUAGACCAUUGCCGUAAACCAAGCCAUUAACUAACAUACUAUGUGCAACAACCUCUGAUCAUGUAAAUUAGCACGUCACUGAUGCUGCACAAUUCCUGCAACUUGUUCAUAACUGCAAUAGAUCUAAGCAGAUUUCCUGCUGGUGUGGUUCUUGUAUUACUUUGUUGUUUUCGCAAACACUGAACUUUCACUAACUUGUACAAAGCAUUAGACAAAAUGUAGUCCUUACUGCCAGAAUGUUUCACAGAACAAUAUGAAGGUAGAAGUCAAUUCUACUUCCUCUCCAUUAAAUCCACACACAGAAUUUCUGAUGUUAGCAUUCUGUUUCAACUUCUCUGUAUGUGACUACUCUGUAUGACAGACUUAACGUGUUGUGAUCAUAAUCAUCCCAACUUUGCCUUCAGAGCAGAAGUAAAUUAAAGAAUUCUUGGCAAUAUAUCAAACUCCCUUCAUCACUGUGCCUAAAUUCUGGAUUAUCUUCAAAGAUUCCCCACAAUCCAGGUCACAUUAUUCUUUUCAUAGCUACCAUCAGACAGAAUUAGAGAAUCCUGAAGCUCCACACCACCAGGUUCAAAAAAUAACAACGACUUCCCUUUUUGACUAUUUGCACAAUGAUAAUCACUACUUCAGUACAGUAAUGCUAUGGCCACUUUUUGGGUGGCAGGGUAGAGAUACAUCUCAACCAAAGAAGGUGUAAAAUGCCUUUUCACUCCGCUAGCCUGUAGGUCACCGGUCAGGGUCAUGUAAAGCCAUGGAAGCAGGUAGUGGAUGGUCGUAUGUGCAGCUGGUGAAUAUCACAAGUCGUGGUUAUGCAAGCACUGAUGCCAAACAGACAAUCACUGAAGUGUUUUAAUAAUGGCCAAGGUCACCAGUCUUGUAAAGAUACUGCCCAGAAGAAGGGAAUGCCAAACCACUUCUGUAGAAAAUUUUCCAAGAGCAAUCACAGUCAUAGACCAUGAUUACCUAGUACAUAAUGAUGACGAUUACCAUUUUACAUCACAAUGGACAUUAUUUUCUAAUUAUAUUGUAUGACUUUAUAAUUUACAUUGAUGUUUUUCUUGUGAAUGUUGUCUCUGAUACAAUGUGCCUGUGAUGCUGGUGUAAACAGGCUUUUCACUGCACCUGAAGAAACAUCAAAUUUGUGCAAAUCAUAAUAAACUCGACUUGGGUUUAACUUUGGGAAUUUCCUGCACAACAGCACUGUUGGAGCACUUUUGUGAAAAAAAAAAUCUGCAGCAAUUCAAGAAUCCA